AUGUCCAUAUGCCACGAAGAUACUGGUGGUAGACUGCUGGUUGAGGUGUCCCCGGAAUCGUCCGUCUUCGGCGGAGCAGGAGGCACUCUCAGACAGGGGAUAGGCCUCUCCCCCGUCGAGGCGGAGGUCGGAGGGCGCAAGCCCAACGACGGUGAUGAGGUGGAGAAGAGCAUGGGCGACGGGCUCAUGGUAGUGGAGGCCGGAACAUCAUCUAGGCCGGAAGAAUUGGAAAUGGACUCGGAGUCAAGCCUGAGUGUCUCCUCUGUCCGGAGCAGAAGGCUCUGGAGGAGACACUCCCAGUCCAUAGACAACUGCUCGCUUCUAUCGAGUGACACCGACGAGCCGCCACCCAAGGCGCCAACAACUGACGGUCGAGGGAGAGGGCGUUCCACGCCCGCUCCCACGACUGAAAAAUACGUCGGGAUAAAGAAGGCCCAACAAGAACGGGACAGGCUGAAGAGGGAAGAGGCGCGAAAGAGGGCCGAAGAGGAGCUGGAGGAGCGGCUGCGUUACGUGAAGUCGCCGCUCCCUCCCAGAACCGACACGGACGAUGACCUACCCGUCCUUAAGGAGGACCUGAUUCACAACCAGAGUCGGCCGCCAUUGCCCGUCUGGAAGAGGAGAAAGAAGUGGCGCGAAAACAGCGAGCGCCUGGAGGAGAGCGUAAAGCGGCUAGAAGAGGAAAACUCCUCCCUCCGCCGUCGGCUCGAGGACCUGGAAGCGUCAAACAACUCCAGGACCACCACGGAGGAGAUGCUGGCCAUGGUGGAGGGGGGGACGGUGGGAGGCCCGCAGCCCAAGACCAAGAAGGAGAAAGGGAAAGGCAAGGGUAAGAAAACAGCCUCCGCUCACCCAACCCCCGCUCCCGUGGCCGGACCAUCCAGCGCGCCGCUGCAAGACAUCGCUGGGCCCUCCACGGCGGCGGCUGGCAGCCCAGCACAGCCUGCCACCAAGAGAAAGCAGGCGAAGACCGCUCCAAAUAACAAAACAGCGUCGGGCCCCAAGCCCCAAAAGGGCGUUAAGAAGACGGCACCGCCCCCUCCGGAACCCCGCCCAUUGCCGCCAGCUCCGGCCUCAAUGGAGGCACCGUGGACUGAGGUCGUAAACCGGAAAAAGAACAAGACCAGCGCGACUAGAACCCCGGCGCCGCGGCAACCGGCAAAACGCCCCGAGCCGAAGCUCCGGCCGCCGAAACAGGCUCAAGCCGAAAUACGCGGCAACGGGGCCAUGCUUUACGAGGUCCCAGGAGCCGAAUCGGAACAGAAGGCCGAUGCCCUAGCCGCCAGGCUGAGGGAAUGUUUCGCGACCGAGGACGUCAUCGUGUCCCGGCCUACAAAGUGCUCGGAGCUGCGUAUCUCGGGGCUGGACUUCGCGGCCACCUCAGAGACGGUCCAGGCGGCCCUCUGCAAUGCCGGAGAGUGCGCUGCGGAGUCAAUUAAAGUGGGGCAGAUUCGACCAGACAGGUCGGGCAUGGGAGCCGUCUGGGCCAAAGUGCCCACUAGGGCGGCGAAGAAAAUAAAGGCGGCCCGCGUGAAAAUAGGAUGGGUCGUAGCCAGGGUGACCGUGCUCGAGGCGCGCCCUAUGCGGUGUUACCGCUGCCUCGAGCAGGGUCACGUUAGGAACGUGUGCGACUGCCCACAGACCACAGCGGACUAUGCUAUCGCUGCGGAAAGCCGGGACACAAGGCCCGGGAGUGCCAAGACGCCGAACUGCACCCUGUGUGCCGCUAAGGGAGCAAACCUGCCGGGCAUCGGGUGGGGGGGAAGGCGUGUUCUGCCUCCUCCUCCCGCAAAUCACGGCGUCGCCCACGUAGGAGACCGCCUGCCGCUGAGGUUCUGUCCCAGCCGCAGGCGGCGAACCCACAACAAGUGCAUUCCGGCUGGAGAGGCGGAGGUCGGCGGGUGCAAGCCCAAUGACGACGAGGUGCAGGAGAGUGCGGCUGAAAGGCCCAUGGAGGUAGCGGCCGAGUUCAAGGUCUUGACAGCCUGA